ACCACAAACGAGUCUUAUUCCUAUCCCAACACUCUUCCGCCGAAAUACCACUGAAUCUAUCUUGGCCCAGCCCACGACCGCAUCCCCAACUUCCUCAGCCACUGCGCUUCCGCCGAGCGACGUUGUAAUCGCCCGCCAUGGCCGAAAACUACCAAGUCAUGGAGGAGCUGGGCAGCGGCAGCUUUGGAAAGGUGUUCAAAGCCAUUGACCGUACUACUGGCGAGACGGUCGCUAUCAAGCACAUCGACCUCGAAGACAGCAGCGAAGAGCUCGCCGACAUCCAAGCCGAAAUCUCGCUACUGAGCACCUGCCACAGCCCAUACAUCACCGAAUACAAGACCAGCUUCGUCAAGGGCGUCAAGUUAUGGAUAGUCAUGGAGUACCUGGGGGGAGGCUCGGCUGCCGACUUGUUGGCACCCGGCACUUUCAGCGAAGCACACAUUGCCAUCACAUGCCGCGAACUCCUACUCGGACUAGACUACCUACACUCCACCGGCAAGAUCCAUCGCGACAUAAAGGCCGCCAACGUGCUCCUCACAGACCAGGGCAAGGUCAAACUCGCCGACUUCGGUGUCGCCGCACAACUCACAAAUAUCAAAUCGCAACGCAUGACCUUUGUUGGUACACCCUUCUGGAUGGCCCCCGAGGUCAUCCAGGAGGCUGGUUAUGACUUCAGGGCCGACAUCUGGUCCCUCGGCAUCACCGCUAUGGAAUUGGCAGAGGGCGCACCGCCACAUGCCGGGUCACAUCCCAUGAAGGUGCUCUUUACGAUUCCGAAGAAUCCAGCACCGAGGCUAGAGGGUGACGAAUGGAGCAAGGACUUCAAAGACUUCAUCGCACAAUGUCUGAUCAAGGACCCAGAUCGACGUGCAACCGCGAAGGAACUACUCAAGCACCGAUUCGUCCAACGCGCGGGCAAGGUCGAGGCACUGCGGGAGCUUGUCGAGCGCAAGCAAAUGUACGACGCCCAAAGGGAGCAACAAGCGGCAUCGCACCCCAAGUACUACGAAGAGACCAUGGUCGAUCUCUCCCCUAGAGCCGAGGAAGACGAUUGGGACUUCGAUACUGUCAAGCGAGGGACCGUUCAAGCACGCCAGACGCUGAAACAGCGUCGCAAAUUGGCCCGCAUACCCUCCUCAGGCAAUGAUGAAGUCGAGUCCAUGAUGCAACGGAUGGACCUCAAUGCUGCGCCCUUGGGCGACAUCACCGAUUCACCACUCCCGGCACGACGACGUCCGUCUUCUCGGAGAACUUCCCAGGCCACGGCUUUCCGCGUUCCUUCCGGCGAUACACCCACCGCUCGCCGCGUUAGCAAUUUCAACAAGUCGCCACUUGGUGUUGAUCUGACAUUUGGAAACUCGCCCUCGACCGUUCGACACUUCAGGCGCGUCUCGUCGGGCGAACGUCGCGCAGCACUUCGCUCGAACCCCCCAAGCAACCCAGCUGCUCAGAACAACCAGUCCUUCCAACCGAACCCUGAAGCGCGCACCUUCCGCCCAUCACCUCCCACGUCUGCCCAUCCAUUGGAUAUGAACAAUGAGAACGAGCCACCCGCCCCCGACGGACACAUGCCUAUCACCAAGGACGCACUAUACGGUCGACGAGCAUACAGCAAGGUUUUGGACUCAGUUUUCCAAGAGGCACAUGCUGACACAGCGUCGCCCCAUCAACGAGAUGCUAUCGGACGCGUUGCGCAAGCCUGGCAGCAUCUUGACGAGAUCGACCCACACGGCGAGUUCAUGUUGUUGAAGGCUAUGGUGGACCGCCUCAAGAACGACACGAAGCUCGCCUACGCUCUCGGCAUAGAAGUCUCGCCUGUGCAAUCACCCUUGAAGCACAAUACCAAAACCAGCGACACUAGCCUGGGCGGUACAACUGUCCACGGUACGGGCACAACACGUGUUCGGUCGAGCACGACAAGUGCAGCUACAUCUACCGUCAGCAAGUCCUCGGAGGAGUAUGACAACACUCCGAUAUCAACACCGACACGAAAUGGUACGCCAAUCGCCAACUCGGGCUCUCCGCUGAAGGGACCAAAGCUCGUCAUGGCCAAAAAUAACCCUCACCUCAAGUCUCACAAACGCCGCCAGAGUGCUUUUGUUGUUGGCGAUAAGGGCUUCGGUGCUGAUGGCUAUGGUCACUUUGACGAGAAGAAACUACCUGGUUAUGUCGAGCCUGGUAUGGAACAGCAGGGCUUACUGGCCGACAUCCUCUACGGGCAAUGGACACAAGGGUUGCGUACUCGAUGGCCCAUCGCCUAGUGCUUUGCUCUUCCCCGUCUUGCUGAACAGAUGUUCGUUGAGUUUUCUUAAUCUGGAGCGCUCAUUCCUUUCUUACUUGUAAGAUGUUAUCGCGUUGCUCACGCGCUACAUCACGACUUGGAGACUAACCUCCUAUGUUUGUGUUCGGCGUUGAUGGACUACAUAAUAAUGACUGAUGAGAUCGUGGUUAUGGGUGGGUACUGAG